CACGCAUAACUAAAACAAGUUGAAGAAGCAGCAGCAACAGCAGCAGUAGCAGCAGAGAGAGAGCGCAUCCAAUUGGACUGUCAGACGGACGCGCACUUUCUGCUAAGGAAAUCACGUGGCUAAGAAAUAAAAAGAAAUAAGUUCAAGCAAAAGAAUUUUUGCAACCAAAAAGCUAAAACAAGUGCAACAAAAAGUGCUCAAAUUCAAGAUAAUAAAUAAUUAUAUUAAUCAAAAGCCUCCCGUAAACGAGUGAGGUGUGUGCGUGUGUGUGCAGCGCCUAUGUGCCAGUGUGUGUAAGUGCUUCUGUGUGUGUGUGUGUGUGUGCGUGCGUGCGUCUGCGUGUGUGUGCGUGUGUGACUGGGACUAGAGCCAAAGAGUCGUCACAACGUCGUCCGCAAAACCUACGACAUCAGCCGCUGCUGCUGCCGCCGCCGCCGCCUCCUCCUCCUCCUCCAAGAUAAAAACUCAACGCCAGACAUCCACGCAAGGUUCGCCACCGCCGCCAGCAGCAGCAGCAGCGGGAGCAGCAGCAGCGGGAGCAACUGCAGCAACAGCAACACGCAGCGGCGUACGCAGCGGCCACCGGCGUCGCAGUAGCAGCAGUAAUCCAAACGCCGGCAACACGAAAGCGACCAGCGGCAGCGGUGGAGCUGGCUGCGCCGGCGUCGCUGGUGGCGGUGGUGGUGGCGGGGGCGGAGCUGGCGCUACGGCCAACAUUAAGCAGAGCGUCAGUCGGAAUAGCAACAUACGCAGCAGCUCCUCCAACAGCACCAUGGCAUCGGCGAAUCAUCGGGGCGGUCAUCGCGGCAUCGCCGGCGCCGGCGCUGGCGCUGCCGAUGGCAAUCCGGCCGGUUUACAAUUCGGUUCCGCCUGGUUUCAGCGCAAAAUCAAUCUAAGGCCGCAGCAUCGCGGCGUCCAUUUGGUCACCGAGGAGAUACUUAGACAAAUGCCGGAACUGACGCAAUUCUCUGUGGGAUUAUGUCAUAUGCAAAUACUUCACACCUCGGCGAGUUUAGCGUUAAACGAGAGCUGGGAUCCAGACGUCAGAGACGAUAUGGAAAUGAUGUUGAAUAAAAUAGUUCCCGAAGGUUUGCCCUACAGGCAUUCGUGCGAAGGACCCGACGAUAUGCCCGCACACGUGAAGGCCUGCUUUUUGGGCAGCUCACUGACAAUCCCCAUUACCGAUGGCAAACUCUCGCUGGGCACCUGGCAGGGCGUUUGGCUGUGCGAGCAUCGCGAUCAGGCCGGCAGCCGGAAGCUGGUCAUCACGUUGACCGGCUGUCCGCGCGAACAGGCCGUACGCAGUCCGCUGUCACCCGUCUCGCCCAUUGCGAGCACCUCCAGUUAGGGGCGGCCUCGCUCCACCCGCGACAGCCGGUAAUCGCGGGGGAGCGACAAUAAUGGCAUCAUUUCGUCGAGGAAGUUGAUACUACAAAAGAAUUUAGCUAGAGCCACCGCACAGCAGCGAGCGGCGGCCGUAAUUGCCGCUGGUCGUGGUCUAAUUGGAGCAACUGCAUCCGUUGCGGCGCCGGCGCCACCAGGUGCCGUGUUGCCCAUCGAUACGAAAACGCAACGUUUGCUGUUGCGGCAGCGUUUGCAUUUAAAUUUAAAUUUAAAUGUUAACGAAACGCUGCAGGAUGGCGUUGAUAUUGAUGAUGUUGAUGAGGAUGUCUGCGACGAUGACGACGACGAUGAUGAUGAUGAUAAUGAUGAUGAUGAUGAUCAGGUGGAGGAUGACAGCGUCGCGGAUGUCGUCGAUGCUCAGGGCAGUGGGCAUCGCCGUGUUGGUGAUAAUUUACAAACCGUCACAACAGUGCCUCAAACCAAACAACAACAACAACUAAGACAUAAGAUCACCGCAACAACAACAACAACAACAACCAGCUCAUCAACAGCAUCCAAUAGCGCAUUAGCUAAAUUCAAUCGCAUACUCGACUCUGCUAAACUGGAGCCACAUCGCGCCUCCUCCGCGUUCAGCAGCGCCACGCUGCAGCAACGCCUCGCGCUGGCAUAUCCAGAGCUGCAACAACAACAGCAAGAACAACAACAGCAGCAACAACAACAACAACAGCAGGACGAGUUGCGGCAAAUCGACAACCUCCCACGUGGCAUUGCCGUCGUUAGCACUCCAUUAACCAUGCAAGCACUAGACACUAUAAAAACCAAGACGGCGGCAAUGUUGGAACAGCAGCAACAGCACAACGCUGCUGAUCAAACGAAACGAAAUGAUGUGCAUUAUUUGUUGAAACAGUUAAAUAGUUUUAGUGAUAUAGAAGAAAUAGAAAUUGUUGAUAUGAAGCAAAGAAAGCAGCAGCAGCCAAAGCAGCCGCAGCAGCAAAAGCAACGACAGCAGCAACAACCUCAGCAGCAGCAGCAGCAGCAGCAACAACAACAACCCCCACAACGCACAAGCAAAACUGGCGCUGCCUGCUCCAGCUCGUUGGAGCUAAUGCCCAUGUCCCGGUCCAUGCUGCCGCUAGCCUUGGGCUCGCCAUCGACACAGUCGCACAAGGGCAACUUUAUGGAGCAUGCCGGGCCGGGCGAGAGCAACAGCUCGACACGUCUGCAAUUCGAUGAUUAUUUAUUCGAAUCGUGCCACUAUUUGGAGACAAAUUAUUUUGCCGCUACCUAUCGCACUGCCAUGGUCGAGAGCUGCUCGCACGAGUUCCGGCCCUCGACCGCCACGCCGCCAACGAGCGUGCGCUCUGACAGCUUUGAGCUGCACGAACUGCAGCCGUCGAGCGUUAUAUGCAAGGCGGCGGCGCCACCAGCCAGGCUGGAUGCGGACUCACCGCCGCCGUAUCAGGCCGAGGUGCGCAUGACCAGCAGCGGCGUCCAGACUGAGCUGACCGUUGAAUCGCUCGCCCAGCUUAGCAGCAGCAGCAGCAGCGGCAGCGGUGCCAGUUUAGGCGGCACGCCUCAGAUGCCACCGCUUUUCAUAUGCUGCUACACGCCCAUCGAUCGUUGGCGUGCCAGGCGUUUGGGUGCGGCAGCUGCCGCUAAGCGAGCCAAUCCCGAGAAGCACGGGCAUCCCGUCUGACAGUGGAUCCGAAAGUAAAACCAAAAUAAAAACUGGCUCAAAAGCCAGCUGCGCUGAUUUCAUUUGCGAUAUCAACAAGAGAUUCCAUUUCGAAGACAGUCAAUACAAAAAAAAAACAACGCCUAAAUAUUCAUUUUCCAAACAACAAAAAACAAUAACAAAAACAUGUACAAUUUUUUAUACACACCCACACACAACCAUUCGCACAUUUUUGCAAUACACUACCAGAAAAGGAAAGAGUACAUUUUGAUAGACUUAAAUCUCAACAACAACAAAAAUCAUUUGGAAAUGUUGUAUAAAUAAUGAAAUGGAAAGGAAAUUUACAGCAGAUGUCAUAAUAAUUGAACGGCAAUUGAAUUGUUUCAAUCAAAUAAAAUACAAAA